AUGCCCAAUUUUUAUCAGGGCACCGAUAUUUCUCCUCUAUCUUAUGACAGAACUGUUUUGUGGAUUGGAAAGUUAACAUCACUCUUUCAGUUUUGCUUUCAAACCUUUUCCUUGGCGGUCAGCUUUCUGAACCGGUUGCUGGCAUCAGUAAAGGCACAGUUGAAACAUCUCCGUUGCAUCGCAAUAGCUUGUCUACUUCUAGCAGCAAAAAUCAAUGAAGAAGAUGAGAUAAUACCAUCAGUAAAGAAGCUGGCAGAACAGAGUGAUUGCAAGUGUUCUCCAGCUGAGAUUUUGAGAAUGGAAAGAAUCAUACUUGAUAAACUUCACUGGGAUCUUUACACAGCAACAUCAAUGGAUUUCUUAAACAUUUUCCAUGCCAUGGUGAUGUCCAAGUGGCCCCAACUACUAACUAGGCUACCUCAGAGGAAUCCUUCCCGCCAUGCUGCGUUCUUGACCAAGCAGCUACAGCACUGUAUGGCCUGCCACCAAGUGUUGCAGUUUAAGGGCUCCACACUGGCCUUGGUGAUCAUCACCUUAGAGUUGGAGAAGCUGACUCCUGACUGGUUUCCUGUAAUUACCGAUCUGCUAAAAAAAGCACAGAUUGACAGCACCAAAUUCAUCCACUGCAAAGAACUUGUGGAUCAGCAGAUCCUGGGCUUCCAGCUACCCAAUGCUGUCUACAUUUUCAACCCUGCAAAUCGAAACAUCCAAACUCACCUGGCUGAAGGAUUACCCUACUAUUAUCCCAUGGAGAAGAAAGAAAUGCAGUUUAACAUGCAAGCUUCACUCUUCAGAGGCAAGGUUUAUGAGGCUGACUUGCAGAGUGAUGAAUUCUAUGAUGGGUUCAAGUACUUGUACAACGAAGAUGGGACCUCAGAAGCUGGACCAAACAGUGAGAUGGGAAGUGAUGAUAUUCAGGGGCCAGAAGAGAGUAUCAAUGCUUGCCCGCCAUUACAACCUGCUCCUCAUAUUGAUUAGAGGUUCACAUAGAGCAAAAAAAGGAACCAAAUACUAGACAAAGCCAAGGCUAUUUCUAAUAUUUCAUUAGUGAGGACUAUGUAUUAAUCCAAAGCAUUGCCUAUGCCAGUGAUGGCAAACCUUUUUGGAACCGAGUGCCCAAAUCGGAAGAUGCAUGUGUGUGUGCCAAAGCGC